UGCUGGAGAAUAAGGAACACUUAGAUACACAAUUACAUUUUUUAUCUAUUUACACGUGCCUCGAUUUAUAUAUAACUAUAUGUACUGCGUAUGCAAGUAUGUACAUAUUUUAAAUUGUCAUGGGGUUGAAUAAGAAGAAUUAGGUUUAAAUUGCCGUGCAAUCAUAUUAUGAUGAUCUUCUAAAUCAAUACUAAAGACAUUUAAAAAAUAACUGUUUAAGGAAGAUAUGAUAAAAUACAUAAACUUGAUAGCAAUCUGCCAUUCAUUUCUCGCGAAUGUUAUUUCCAGCAGUUAACGCGUUUCAGUAUUCAGACAUUCAGGGAAUGAAACCUUAAUUGACCUUUCUAUGCUUUACAGUACGACAAUCUAUAUUCCGAUUUCUUAUUCUGAUGCAAUAAUAAGGGUUGUAAAACGGUAGGUAAUAAUAUACCUUUAAUAAAUUUUUCAUUUCAAUAUCAACUAAAAAGCAAAAACUUAAAAAAAUUAUCUCUCCGUCCGAUGUCGACGAGUGGACAAAGUUGUGUCGCAAAGUUCUCGACUUGUCGCCCAAUUUGGAAGAACUUUGCCUUGAAGUUCCCGUGCUGGCUACUUUCUCCUGGUUUCCGGUCGAAGAGAGGUUGACAGGGUUAAAGAUAUUGCGACUUGACAUACUUCCGGCCACGUCGGAAUGGGGGAAUGACGCCAUGGCGAAAAUUAUCAUGCAGGAGACCCCCAACCUGGUGACGUUUACAUCAUCAUAUUUUGGGACCGGACUGCACACCAGUAUUUUAAAGUUGUUAACCGGAAGUGACGAAUUUUGGCCGAAAUUGACAAAUAUUGGGUGUCCCCGGAAAGGGAGGAGGGAAGGGUAUUGGGGAUGGUGAAAUACGACAGAUCUUGAUUUUUUGGCACGAGUUGAGCGAAAAUGGAAGAAAAUUUAUUUUGGGAGGAUGUCAACAAACCAGUUGGAGCAGGUACAAGCUGUGCUGGAUAAGCACUGUGAAACUGUUGAGCUUAUCGAGCUGAAUCCUGUGUUAUCGCUGCGACUCGUACCAAUGGAUUUGCCGAGGAUUCCAAGUCUGAAAAAGUUGGCGAUUUGGGAGUACGAUGUGUCCGAGUAUGAGCUGUAUAGUUUGUUCAGUCAGAUUUAUAAGAUGCCGAGGGGUGUGAACAAAACGUGGCCCCGUGCAAUGACUGGUCGAGAGAGAAGUUGGACUUUUUCAACUUGUUCGACUUAUUUGGAGACAUUGAAAAAUUUAAGGAUCGAUUCCCAUCCCUGCACGCUGUAAUAUUCACUGUGCCCUCCGGUCGGUAUGAGAGUUACGUGUACAAUGCAAUCUUUCCAAAAAAGAAAAUAGCAAGUUCGCAGCAGAGUAUGUCCUAAUUUUAAGAAAGUACUAAUAUGUAAUCUGCAUUCAUGGUAUGGUUAUUAUAUGCGUGUCCAAUUAUACUAUCUAUUUACACAAAAGGUCAAAUGUGUGCACUUUAAUUUAAAUAUUACACUGUAUAAAAAAGAAGGUAUGAGUUUUUGACGUCUUCAGUUGAGCUUAAAAUAUCGAAGUAUGUAGUUUCAUAUGAAGGAAGAUUUUUUGUUUUCAUGUUUUGUUUCUUCAUUUGAUCAAUUUUAUCCUAUCUGUGAUACUUCAGAUGCAUCAUUUUAAACGCAUAUGUACACAUGUGUGUAUGUACAUAAACAUGCCUGUAUUUAUGUUUUCACAUGUACAUAAAUAAAUAUGUGGGUAUGUAGAUGUGUUUGUUU